GGAGUAUACAAUUAUUAUGUGAGGUUUGUCAAUUUUGAGGUUUGACAAUACACAUAAAUACAAGUUGCGUAUUUUAAACUGGUGUUAAGCGUAAAAUAGUUUAUUCAAGCUGAUAUAUAGUAAUUUAAGUAAUGUAGUGUCUAUUUUCGCUUCAAAGCUCGGCUUAUAACCUAAAAAUAACUGCGUCUCAAAUAUCACAAUGACUACAAUUCAUCAAUACUUACAAAUUGUAGAACGUGCCUGGAAUGAUCAGGAUGGAUACGUUCUUGCAGAAUUAUUAAGUUUGAGAGAUAAACAUGCUCAAAACACAACUUUACAUGUAUCGAAACCUGAAAAUUCAGUGGAACGCAUUCUUUCCCCACCUUUAGAUGAAAUUGUAAUUCUACACUUGAAAUCUGCUACUCUGCUUGGUCAAGGAAAUAUUCAAGCUGCUUAUAACACACAAAGCACCAUGACAACAGCAUUUACCAAAAUGUUGCAAGCGCAGAAAGAAGAGAACUGGAUGCUGCCUAUGAUGUACACGAUUUGUCUGGACUUGCGCUUACUAGCAACUCGUUGUGAAGCUGGAGCCCCUGGUCCAUUACUCGAAAAAGCAGCUGAGGGUCUGAUGGGUUGUUUCAGAGUAUGUGCUGCUGAUAACCGCUCAUCAGACCGAGACACAAAACGUUUGGGCAUGUUAUUAUUGGUAAACCAGUUGUUCAAAGUUUACUUCAGAAUUAAUAAAUUGCAUCUAUGCAAACCUCUUAUAAGAGCUAUCGAAUCAUCGUCUUUUAAAGACCAGUUUCCGUUAGCACAACAAAUAACUUAUAAAUAUUUUGUUGGUCGCAAAGCUAUGUUCGAUUCAGAUUAUAAAAUGGCUGAUGAAUAUCUGAGCUAUGCUUUCGAACGAUGUCAUCGUGAAGCUAAGCAAAACAAAAGACUUAUUUUAAUAUAUUUAGCACCUGUAAAAAUGCUUCUGGGACUUUUACCGACUAGACAAGUAUUAGAAAAAUAUGAUCUUUUGCCAUUUUGGGAAGUAGCAACUGCAGUAAGAGAAGGCGAUAUAAAGCAGUUAGAUAAAGUUAUUAAAGACCAUGAAAGAUUUUUUAUCAGUAGCGGAGUAUAUUUAAUUGUAGCUAAACUUAAAGUAAUUGCAUACAGAAAUUUAUUCAAAAAAGUUUAUUUGAUUUUACAAACACAUCAAAUACCUGUACAAAGUUUGCAAGAUGCACUGCAUUUAGUUGGCCAAUCUGAUGUUGAUGUUGAUGAAACUCAAUGUAUCGUUGCUAAUUUGAUACAUGAGGGCAAAAUUAAAGGAUAUAUAUCUUAUCAACAUCAGAAAUUAGUUGUUAGCAAGCAGAAUCCAUUUCCACUCUUGUCAAGCAUAUCAUAAGAAAUUUCAUUCAUUGUUAGAAUUUUAACUUAUAUUUAUUUGUAAAUAGA